AUGGCCUGGAGGCGGCUCGCCUCCCGCUCCCGCCGCUGCCCCGUCCUCCUCCCCGCCGCCCCGCGCCCCGCGGCGCCGCGUCCCCGUCCGCCGGCGGGACCUGCCGCGGGCGCCGCCUCGCCGCCGCUGCGCCGCCUCCUCCUCCCCCUCUCCCCGCCCCCGUUCCAAGCCGCCGCCGCGGCGCGCGGGGCCGGCAGGUGGCUCGGCACCGACGCCUCCGCCUCCGCCUCCGCGGCGAGGGAGCCCCCCGCCGAGCUGGUGGAGGUGCCCCUCGCGCAGACGGGGGAAGGGAUCGCCGAGUGCGAGCUGCUGCGCUGGUUCGUCAGCGAGGGCGACCAGGUAGAUGAGUUUCAGCAGCUCUGUGAGGUACAGAGCGACAAGGCAACCAUUGAAAUUACAAGUCGUUUCAAGGGAACAGUACAUCAGAUUCAGUUUGCACCUGGUGACAUAGUAAAGGUCGGUGAAACUUUACUUAAGAUGGUUGUCAGCGGCAGUCAAGUUGUACCUCAUGAUAGCAUGGCUUCAUCCCCCGACAUUCCACUUGGAGUGGAUACUACAACUCCUUCAAGGGAAGGCAAUGCUCCCCGUGGAUCUCUCUCCACGCCAGCCGUCAGGCAUCUAGUGAAGCAGUAUGGGCUCAACAUCGAUGAUAUUCAGGGUACAGGAAGAGAUGGUAGAGUUUUGAAAGAAGAUGUGCUGAAUUACGCUGCCAGCAAGGGCCUUCUCCAGGAGCCGCAAUCAUCUUUGGAAGAGGAUGUUGGUCAAGUUGAGUUACCGGAUGAAGGAAAACCAUUACUUGAUCCACACUUUUACGAAGAUAAGAGAAUCCCUCUCAGGGGUUACCAGAGAUCAAUGGUGAAAUCAAUGAGCCUGGCUGCAAAAGUACCGCAUUUUCACUAUCUGGAGGAAAUAAACUGUGAUGCUCUUGUAAAACUGAAGGCAUCAUUUCAGAAGGAGAAUAAGGAUCAUGAUGUGAAGCACACCUUCCUUCCAUUCCUCAUAAAAUCUCUUUCUGUGGCACUGAGUAAAUAUCCUUUGUUGAACAGCUCUUUCAUUGAAGAAACUAAUGAAGUUACUCUCAAAGGAUCCCACAAUAUAGGGGUAGCUAUGGCUACCGCACAGGGAUUAGUGGUGCCAAGCAUCAAGAAAGUCCAGUCACUUUCUAUAUUGGAGAUCACGAAGGAACUGUCAAGAUUACACGAGAUGGCAUUGCACAACAGACUAAGCACCAACGAUAUCACUGGUGGAACCAUAACGCUGAGCAACAUAGGCGCCAUCGGUGGCAAGUUUGGGUCCCCGGUUCUCAACCUACCCGAGGUUGCGAUCAUUGCUCUUGGCCGCAUUCAGAAGCUUCCUCGCUUUGACGAUGACGAAAACGUUUACCCGUCCUCAAUGAUCAAUGUGACCGUCGGAGCCGAUCACAGAGUCGUCGACGGUGCCACGGUUGCAAGGUUUUGCAACGAGUGGAAAAGCCUGGUGGAGAAGCCGGAGCUGCUCUUGCUGCACACGCGGUGAUCUAGUAAGAUAACUGCCUGCAUGCAGAGGGAACUCUGCCAUCUGAGGUUGGUAGAUAGGGCCAUAGGGAGUCAAUCAACUCAAGUAUAUACGUGACCAAUAAUUGAUUGACGUGGCCUCUCUGCUGCAAGUUAUGUGAUCACCCUGUGCAUAUGUGUGCAUCACCUUGGAAACUUGGAAAUAAAGCUAUAUAAGCUGGAAUUCAUGGGGAA